GUUAGACCCAACUAAAGCUCUCACUCGGGUUAAACCCGACAACGAAAAAUAUGAAAACGAGAUCAUCAUCCUCCUCAGUACCCUCCGGUGACCUGCUUCCUCUUGUCAAAUCUCCGGCGGGUAACAGUCGCGUUGCCAAGCUACAGAUCGUGGACCCCACAUCGUCUCGCGGGAAAUCUUUGCAUGGUUUGACCGUCGUGAAUCGGAGGCGACCAUCGUCUCGUAGAAGGAGAGGCAAUGUCGACGAUUCGAAUCGUCGCAGCUAUGCCUCCAAGGGUUUCCGUUUGCCUAAAGGAUGGACUGUUGAGGUGUCUCCGAGGAGAAACACUUACCAUAUUGAUAGGUUUUAUGUUGAGAGAAAAACGGGAAAGAGGCUCCGUUCCCUCGUCUCCGUUGAGAGAUACUUGAAACAAUCCAAGAACCCUAAAGAUCAGCAGCAGCAGCAGCUUGUGCUUUCACAACAUCACCCUGUCCCUUCCAAAGAUUUCAAUCUACCUGAUGGAUGGAUCGUUGAGGAGAAACACCGGAGAAAUUCCUGUCGAGUAGACAGGUGUUACAUUGAGCCAGGAACAGGGAAGAAGUUCCGUUCUCUGCCUGCUGUUGAGACAUACUUGAACGGUGGUACAGUUGAUUCUGGGCAGCUUUCGGUUUUGGCCAAUCCUGGAAACCCACCAGAGAAAGUGAAAUGGGUACUGACUGGUCGAGGUGGAAACAUGUUUAGUGCGCAUGUUAGCGGCUCGGACGUCUCUGGCUCUGUCCAAAAGACAUGGUCUGAGGCUUUUGUCUCAUUGAUCCAAGACCGGCUUUAACCAAUGUCUGCUGAUUCCUUGAUUUUUUGGUUUAAAUGUUGUUAAUAAGUUAUCCCGGUCAGUAGUCUGUCCAAGUUGUUUUUACUUCGGUUUAGUUUAUAACUGACCUUAAUAACCGGUUUGGACAGUUAUACAAGUUGACAGUCGAUGUGUACCGUGUUUCGGCAAUUUGGGUAUCUAUGUUUAUAUGAUUUUA